AGGUUUUCUUCUUGGGUAUCCGAGCAUUCCUAGCAGCAGUUGGUUUAUCCUGUGGGUCGAGCCGUCGAGGGGCUGAUCAGCUGCUCAGCCGCUCAGACAUGAGAAGCUUCUAUGGAAAACCAGCGGACCAGGCGAGGCGGCGUCCACCGUACCUGCCCCAAGCCCCCAACUGCCCAAUGGUGUACUGAUUCGGCAGGAGCCACUAACACAAAAACAAGGAAUAAAUUCGUUCGGUUGCACAUCGAAUCAUCAAGUUGUAAAGCAAGACUUCUUCAGCAUACAAUUAUUAUUAGUAGUACAACGAGCCCCAUCUAAUUAAGAUUAGAAGAAGCAUAUGAAGGUUAGAAUGCCAUGGAGAUGAUGGAGGUGGUAGCCACCGAGAUUAUGGACGCCGCGCUGCACGUAGCCGUGGCCGGGCGCACGCUGGCCGUGGCUGAGCGCGACGGCACGCACGACCCGGCCACGGGGCGCGCGCUCACCGGCUCAUGGCUCUGGGACUCCUCCCUCGUCCUCGCCUCCCACCUCGCGUCCUGCGUCCACCACCACCACCUCCGUGGCGCCACCGUCCUCGAGCUCGGCGCCGGCACGGGCCUCCCGGGCAUCGCCGCCGUCGCCUGCCUCGGCGCCGCGCGCUGCGUGCUCACCGACGUGCGCCCGCUCCUCCCCGGCCUCAGGGCCAACGCCGACGCCAACGGGCUCACCGCCGAGCAGGCGGACGUGCGUGAGCUCCGGUGGGGUGGGCACCUCGAGCCCGAGGUCCAGGUGGACGUGGUGCUCAUGUCCGACGUGUUCUACGACCCGGACGACAUGCCGGCGAUGGCGGACACGCUGCAUGGGCUAUGGCGAGACGGCGACAGCGACAGCGACGGCGGCGGCACGGUGGGGUGGGCGGCGAGCGAGGCGCGCGACGGCGUGCAGGACUGUAUCGACGUGCUGCGAGAGCAAGGCUUCGAGGUGGUCGAGGUAGACAGGGUCACUAGGCCGCUGCUGCGCGACCCCGAGCAGGCCGCCGACUUCGCCGUCUAUCGUCUUUUUCGCCGGACAACUUCGCCGUCCAUCGUCUCCAAUCCAACGCCGAUAACUACAGCCGGGUGUUGACUUUCACUCUGUAACAGUAAAGCCAAGCUUGUAACGGCACCAGAAUCACCUUUGACCUUUUAUUUUCCAAAAGGCCAUUUUGUACGUACUUUCUUCUCGGUUGCAGGACUUGUAAAUGUUCCACAAUGAGUCAAGGGGACAAAGACAUAGCAAUUAAUAUAUGCAAGUCUACUGUAGGAAGCUACAGUAGUAUACAUUGAGAAGGAUUUUAUAGCAAAAGAAUUUACAGUUGCAA